AUGAGCUCCAAAAACGUUGUCUUCGACGUAGUCGGCACCCUCGUCGGCUACGACCACCUCUUCGCCGCCAUCGACCACCAACUCGGCGAGCGCCUACGCGCCGAAGGCAUCAAGCCCUCACUGCUAGGCUACACCUGGAUCGAGGUCGCCGAGCGCGAAUACACAUACCUCAGCAUGUCAGGAAAAUACACCGUCUUCGCCGACGUCUUCCGCGCCCUGUUCUACCGGAUGCUCUGGAUGGCCGGGAUCUCUGAGCCGCGCGAGUUCGCAUCAGAUAAGGACCUCGAGUAUAUCAUGGAGCAAUAUGCCGGACUCACAAUGCGACCUGGUGCAGCGGAGUGUGUGCAGAAGCUGCGCGAUGCUGGGUUUAGGGUUUGGUGCUUUACCGCGGGGGAUAUCAAGCGGGUUGGUGGGUACUUUGCGCGUGCGGGCAUUGAGAUGGCAGCUGAGGAUCUGCUCUCGUGUGAUUCUGCUGGUGUUGGGAAGCCUGACCCUGCGGCGUAUCGGCCAUUGCUGGAUAAAUUGGUCGCGGAGAAUGGGGGCAGGGUGCCUUGGUUUGCGGCUGGGCAUAUGUGGGAUGUUUCGGCGGCGAGGAGGGCUGGGUUUAAAGGGGCGUAUUCGUCAAUCUGGGAGAAGGAACCGUUGACGGAGCUGUUUGGCGAGAUGGAUGUCAUUGAUGAGACUUUGCCCGGAAUGGCUGAUAAGAUCAUUGCGCACCAGACUUCUGCCUAA